CCUGGAUCCGGGGAAAGGUGGAUCUCGGAGCUUGGCUGAGCCCGCACAAUAAAGGCAGCCCGGACUUCAACCGCUAGCAUGUGUGCUGUACAAGUAAAGCUGGAACUGGGUCAUCGAGCCCAGGUUAGGAAGAAACCAACACUUGAGGGUUUCACCCAUGAUUGGAUGGUAUUUGUCAGAGGACCAGAGCACAGUAACAUUCAGCACUUUGUGGAGAAAGUUGUAUUUCACUUGCAUGAAAGCUUUCCAAAGCCUAAGCGAGUGUGCAAAGACCCACCAUAUAAAGUAGAAGAGUCUGGUUAUGCUGGUUUCAUUCUGCCCAUAGAAGUCUACUUCAAAAAUAAGGAAGAACCUAAGAAAGUGCGAUUUGACUAUGACUUGUUUCUGCACCUUGAAGGUCAUCCGCCUGUAAACCACCUACGCUGUGAAAAACUCACCUUUAACAACCCCACUGAGGAGUUUAGAAAGAAACUGCUUAAAGCCGGCGGGAUAAUGGUUAUGUCAGAGGGCUCAUCCUUUUCUUCAGGCACCAGUCUUCAUCUUCCCGGCCUUCCCAGUAAUUCCCUAUCUUUCUCAGAUGUAAAGAAAAGCAAAUCAUCUCAUGGAUCCAAGGACCCAAAUAAAUUGGUUAGUGUAAACAGUAGCAGUAACACACUUAGCUUAUCAAAGCCACAUAAAUCUUCAAAGGAACACAAGGAGAAAUCAUCAAAAGACUCAAAAGAGCAUAGAAGUGCCUUUAAAGAACCUUCCAGGGAUCAUACAAAAUCUUCCAAAGAAUCCUCCAAAAAACCCAAAGAAAACAAACCACUGAAAGAUGAAAAAAUCGUCCCUAAAAUGGCCUUUAAGGAACCUAAACCCAUGACAAAGGAAACAAGGUGUGAGAACAAUAAUAUUCUUACAAUAUCAAGUGGGCAUCAACAAGAAAAAAAAGUCUCUAGUAAAAGGCCGUCUCACAUAGACUCUGAAGAUCCACUGACCAGGAAACGAAGGAAAAGCAACUCUGAAUCAUCUCUUAAAAGUUUUUCCAAUUCCUCGCUUCUCAUAUUAUCUUCAUCUGAUAAAAAACCUUUGAAAGACAAAUCUCAGCCUAAAACUGGGAAGGUAAAGAUUGAAAGUGAAGUCAUAGACAAGAAGAAGGUGUCAUUGCCACCUUUUGAAGAUAUUGUAGAUCCCAAUGAUACAGAUAUUGAGGACAACAUGUCGUCCAAAUCAGAGUCAGGACAGCCAAGCCCGGCAAGUUCUACGUCCAGUUCAAGUUCCAGUUUGGCACCACCACAUAACCAUAGACAAGAUUUCUUUACGUCUUGUACAGGUUCCCUGAGGUCUAUAAUGAAAGACCUAAAUUCUGAUGAAAAUGAGGAAGAAUCUGAUGAUCCUGAAGACAAUGACUCAGAAAAUGAAAGGACUAUCCAUAUUCAUGGAGGAAGUCGUGCUCGCAGAAUUAGCCUAAGUGAUGGAAGCAAUAGCGAAAGCAGUUCAGUUUCAUCACCGUUGCGAAAUGAGCCUCCUACCUUAUUAAAAACGAACAGUAAUCAGAUCCUGGAUGUAAAGAGCCCGAUUAAACAGAGCAAGUCUGAAAAGCCAAUAAAAAAUGGAGACUGCGAUAAGGCAUACCUAGAUGAAUUAGUUGAACUUCACAGGCGAUUAAUGACUUUAAGAGAAAGACACAUACUUCAGCAGAUUGUGAACCUUAUAGAAGAAACUGGGCACUUCCAUAUCACAAACACAACCUUUGACUUUGACCUUUGUUCCCUUGAUAAAACUACAGUCCGCAAACUACAGAGCUACUUGGAAACAUCUGGGGCCUCCUGAGAGUAUAAGAUGGACCUGCCUUUUGUGGACAAUUAGACAAGAGUCAGUGCAACUGAACUGCUUGUAAUAAUUCAGGAUGUUAAAAGUGGAUCUGUUACUCUAAAGAGCAACAAGAAACAAAAAACAUCUUUGGAUGGUUAUCUUCUUUCUACUUGUUUUUUUUAUGCCCAAAGUGGAAAAUGAUGAACCACAAUUAAGAAAAAAAAAUCAUCCUUCAUACAAAUUAUACAUUUUUGGAGAUUAAACCUGGAAAGCCUUGAAAAAGAAGACACGGACAACAUGACUUAUUUCAUUAACUAAUGUGCUCAGGAUCAUGUGUCUCUGUAUGGCGCACUUAUGUUGAGCACACACUGCCUUACUACGUGACUGAUCUAUUUAUUACCGCAUAUCUAGGUUCCAAACAUCAGUAUGGGAAUGACACUACCACAUGCUACAAGGUCCAGUAUGCCCAUCCCAAAAUACACUCCGCUCUUAGAGCAGGACUGCCAUCAGCAACAUAAUGAUGACUCUAUUCACAAGAACAUUUCUCAGCUUACACAGC